AUGGAGCUGGAAGAUUUCGCGCUCAUCACUGCCGGCUGCUGCGGUGACAACGAGUCCCCGGCAGGCGGCGAUUCGGGGGCCUGGCCACCUCGCGAUUCCCUGAUUCGCACAACUAGGUUAGUUCUCCAAGACCCAUGUCUUCGCGUCGCCCAAGGCGCGUCCUUGGAUGUCAGGAAGACUUACGCCGACGGCCUGCGCCGGCUCGUACGGGUCGUAACACCCGCAGUAUCCGGUAUCCUCCGCGAGUCGUCCUCCAACUUGGGCCACUCUCCGGUGUUUACGGCGACCGUAUCAGACGUCGUGCCGCCGCUUCUUAAGUGCGCCAGCAUACUCGGAGAAAGCGAACUCGGGGAGGCAUACGACUGCGUCGCCAGUGCAGUGGAGACGUUCAUCUCCGACAGUCUCAGCGACACCGUCGAACCCUCGUUGCCGAUCCUAAACUUGUGCUUCGAAUGUUGUCGAACGCUGGUUCGAGUGGGUGACGAAUUCGCAGUCUCUGAACGCCUCGAAAAGUUGUCCGAGCUGAUGCUAGAGGCCCUGAAAGUAGGCAAACCGGCAAUCGUGUCUCAGGUAAUUGCGAGAUACGUCCCAGAACUCGCUACCGUACGCGAAAAAGACUUGCACGCAGUUUCACGAGAGCCCUGGAAGGUGGUGCGUUCGUUUUUCGAAGCGAACGAGAAUGGGUAUUUGGAGGAGAAGCACCAAGGGGGUUUCGCGAUACUCUGCGGGCUUGCGCAGUACCUGCGACGCACCGUACUCCGCAGCGACGAUGACAGUUCUUCCGCGGAAGUCUGCGAUGACCUAUUCUGGCUGAUUUUGCAGCACGGCUUGGUGCACCCGGAUUCCUUGACGCGAAAGAGGUCGAUGUACGUCAUGAAGCAUGUCCUGGAUGCUUGCUGCGACGAGAAGUUGUCCCUCUCGGGCGUCCUUUUCUCUUGGAACCCGGACGAAGCGGACCGAGCUGAUGGCUGUUUGGCAAGAACUCUUUCUCGUCUGGAAGUGCUUGAAGAGAAGCAGCCCCACGUUGUGAAGCCGAUGCUGGCAAAGUUUUCAUCAUUCUUGGAACGUGCGGAGAAUUCUUUGAAGGUCCACGUCUCCUGGACACUCCUGGUGUUCAACCGUAUGUUGACGCACGAGAGCCGAACUGUGGUCAAGUGGGCGAUCUCCAAGUUCACGAGCUCCCCGGCUUUGGUUAAGCUGAUGUUUGACAACGACAUGGAGAGGUUUGUACUGGGCCCACUCACACACUCCUUGAACGACUGUGCCAUCUUUGCAAGGGAAGACGCCGAUCCGCUUGGUUCCCCAGCCCGUCUGGCAAAAAGCCUUGAAUCCUUCUUCAAACACUGCCGUGACAUUCUGUCAACUGUGAACAAAUUCGGAGGUUUCCUUGACAAGUUGUUUGCGGCGCUGUCAAAGCAGUCCUGGAACGGUGUCUCCCUUAUGUACAUCAGCUAUGCCCUGCUCGGCCUCAAGAAGCAGCCAAUCCUGGGCGACUCGGCGCUAGUCAGUGUUGGGGCAAUCAUUGUUGACAUACAGCGGUUCCAGGAGCCUGUCUUACGUGCAGCUGCCCAGUGCUAUUUGUUGGUCAUUUGCCUGCGGCUACUUGAUCCGACAAAAGUGACGUACCACCAGCUGUCGGCCUUCCUGGGCCUCUUCGAUCAGGAGGAAGUCAUGACGAGAGGCACGGCUCAGUGGAAAGGGACGGUGUCUGCGCUGCGGGAGCUCCUCCUGACCGAGGACUCUGAAGAACCAGGCCUCCGGCCGGCCGAUGUGACCAGCUUUCUGGCACACUCAGUUAAGGAUCUUAUCGAAGCCAGUUGUCAGAGCUCGAUGACAAGCAUGACCUGCGUGCGCCGGCUCGCCCGCAUGGCUGUGCUGUUCCACGAUGCGAGGCUGCUGUGCGGCGAUGUCACGUGGGAGAAGCUUCUAGAGGGCAGCGUCGUGAUCCUGAGCGCGGCCAGCACGAGGCCCUACCUCGCACGGCACCACACACUCAGGGCAGCGCAGCUCUUCAUAGCCCUCUACCACGAGGCCAAGCCGUUGAACGGCGACUCCUCGUUACAAGAGGAGCUGCUCUUGCUACUCGUACCACGUUCCGAGGAGAUACACGAGUACAUCUACAAGCUUGCCUUUGGCUCAAUCAACAGUUUGGAUGACUUUGAAGAGACGCAGGUCCAUUACCAGUUCCUGCACAUCCUUUCUUGUGAGCGCGAGUUCAACUCCCUCUUCUACCAGUUCAUCAACGAGGGCCUCGAGACUUGCCGAGAGAAGCUCAUGCAGAUAACUGCAUCAGACAUUGUGUCUGUGGAAACGGUGCCUUAUUGGAGGUUUCUUCAUUGGGUCCUGAAACGCUUUCCCCGAAAGACAAACGAAGUGGAAGCCUUGCUCCUCGAAGUUAUCGCCAAAGGGAGCAUCUCGAAGCCUAUCACAAGGCCCGCCUCUUUCAUCAUCCAGGACAGAGUUGCAAAGUCGCGUUGGGUGGCGUUUGCGGCCGCAGUGACGGAGCUCGUUUGGGAAAGCGUCUGCAAGAUCGCCCUUUCCACCGACGAUCUUUGCAACAGGCUGAUCGCAGAGGCCGUCGAAGCUCUGGAGACUGCUUCGCAGAAGUCGUGCCUUUACAUUCUGAAGGCAGUGUCACAUGCCCUGUCCUUGGUCAAGGUCGUGGAUGCAGACCUCUUGUCCAAGUGCCUGAAGGCAUGCUGGCAGAGUUGCAAGGACUUGAAGAAGAGCGACAUAUUUCGGCCGGCCGUAGAGCUUGUUUAUCGGCUUCGCUUUUCAACCUGCUCUACUGCAGCCUUACCGUGGACGCCUGCUGAGUCAUGCAAGUUGUUUUCAUAUCUAAACGAGCUGUUGGAGCUGGGAGAAGUGAUGCCGGGUGUGUUCUGCACCCUCAUUACAAGACUGAUGGAUGUAUGGAAGGGCAACGUGAAACUGAUGGACAGCCAACUAGAUGUCAUGGUGAAGGCGCUGACGUACGGACCCGUCUACCGCAAAGAUCAGCGGAUUGUGUUUGAUUCUGAGGCCUUUGUGACAGCGCAAGGUGAGGCUCUGUCCGUCAACCAGCUGCUGAGAAGCGAACAUCAAGCCGACGUCGAAGUCCGAGCUCUGGGAAUCGCUUUCCUAAUCCAGCUGAGCUCUGACGAGAAAGCGUCUCUCCAAACUGCGGCUAAGCUUUCAGAGGUCCUGGUGCAAUACGACCAUGAGGUAACAUCGACACGGAAGCGUUAUUUCGGCAACUCGACGAUCCACCGACUCAAGAACAGGGUCUGGCAAGCUCAGCUGUGCCUUCUGCACCUCCUGAACGAGGAAAUGUUUGAGAAGCUUUUGGAGCACGUUUUCCACGAGCUCGUUCAAGACAGCCAACAGCCGUCAAUCCGCUGCCUGCUGGAGUGGACGGCCGUCUCGAUCCUCCUCCGUACGCCUCGACUUCGGGCGAAGUUGGUGCCCGCCAUGGAACAGGCAGGUAUUGAAAGGACCGGAGCGUAUGUUCAUUUCCUGGCCAUCAUUGUUCACCUGGGUGCAUGCCUCGACCCUGAAAAUGAACUGGAGCCGCACCUUCUCGAAUUUCUUCCCUCCAUACUUCCUUGGAGCAUGGGGCAGCACUUCAAUGCUAGGGUGUAUGCACAGGUGGCACUUCACCUGGCUUCUCGUUGGAGCAAAGAGCAUGGACUGAACUCCGUUUUGGAGAAGUAUGCUGCCCUGUUCACAUGUCUGAAGAGCACCAUUCAGAUGGGGAACUGGUCAAGAAAUGUUGAAAAGCUACUAGAGGACUUUAACUUCAAGGACUUCAAUGCUGUUGAUGACCUUACGCUUCAGACAAUAUUCUGUGACCUUCCCCGACUGACCGGCCUCACGGACAGGGAGUUCAUUCCGCUCGCUGUCUUUGAAGAAGUGCUCACCAUGGGACCGGAAAAGCUUGCCCUGCCACUGUACAACCUUGAUGACCGUCUUUCCUCGGCCAAGCCCAGUCAUUGGCUUGAAGGCACUCAAGCGGAGCCCGAAGUGGUUCUUGACACGGAGGACUACCAGAAAAAAAUCACGCCCUGGAAACAGCAGCUUGCCUCCUGUGAGCUCAUGUGGGACCUCAACGUGCCGACAAAGAAGACAAACGGCGGCCUAAUCGUCGUUGCCUCGUUGAUAGACCGCAUUCCCAACUUGGGCGGCUUGUGCCGGACUUGCGAGGUGUUUGGCGUGAACGAGUUUGUGGUUGGCUCGCUAAAGUACCUUGAAGAUAGAAACUUCCAAGGACUGAGCGUUUCAGCUGAGAAAUGGAUCUCCAUAAGCGAGGUGAAAGUGCACCAACUGAAAGAGUACCUGCCUGGAAAGAGAGUUGAAGGAUACACCCUGGUGGGUGUCGAGCAGACAGCCGGUAGCAAGCCAUUGCCCGAGUUCAACUUCCCAGAGAAGACACUCCUUCUGCUUGGAAACGAGAAGGAGGGACUCCCAGUCGAGCUGAUUCAGCUGCUCGACGUUUGCGUUGAGAUCCCUCAACAUGGUGUCAUACGUUCUCUCAACGUCCACGUUAGCGGAGCCAUUUUGGUGUGGGAAUACACGAAGCAACGCUCUGCGUUACCAGCCACGGAGUAAUCUCUGGAAGCAUGUGCUUGGUCUCGUUGCUCAGCUCUAAUGACAGCCAGCUGUUCUAGAACUGCCAUUUCUCUGUUUUCACCGGCCAGUGCAAGCUGCACAUAUGCUUGUGUCGUCAUCUACAAAGGCACCUAAGCUUUCACGCCUCAGAGUCUUCCAGUAUACUCGACGUUAUUUUGGGGGCACUACGGGUAGACGGCGUGAAGUUUACACUCAAACCCGAUUAUAGUAAAGUUGCAUCUUAUGCCAAAAUAGGUUCAUUAUAUCCAAAAAUUCGUUAUAAAGGUACUCUCCUAACACUCUCUAUCGCAAGACAAUUCAUCAUUAACCUAGUCAUAACCGAUAUUUUGUACAUGCUGGUUCGUUAUAUCGAGUUUUGAGUGUAUUUACUCUUAAUGAGCUCUUGAAAGUUCUGCAUGGAGAAUAGUUAAGGGUGAGUGUGUGAUUUUUCGUGCGCACAAAGUUUAGUAAACUCCUUAACUACUGUGCAUAAACUGUUGGCACUGCGAAGCUCAUUAACCAUAGGUCGAAAUUCUUCCAAGGAAAAUAUUCAAUGUGACAAGUGCCUCCUGGAACGUUGUUCGAUGUUCUGGUGUGGCGUGUGUCUGGGCGCUGCCACGUCUUCGAGAUGGUGUCACUGGUAACAGUUGUCAAGAAAUACAUAUAGGCUUGCUCAACUGUUGCAGAAGCUGUUGUGAGCUAGUGUUGUAUUGGCUGUGUGUUUUCAGUGUUGAGAAUUGGCACAUUCAAAUUCAGGUACUCAAUUCAGAAGUGAUCCUGAGGUGUAAAAAGUUUGUGUAAUUAUGCAAUCAAGCUUUAUUGCAAGUGAUGCAUUACUAAUUGGGUAUGAAAACAUAAUGAGCACUUAAAAAACUAUCUUAACGUUCUUCUAGCAGACGUUGAAGCACUGCUGACGAACUAUGGGACAAGUCAAACAUGCCAUAUUAGAUUUUCCAUGAUCUGGUUAAGCCAAGCAUUGUUAGGUAGUGCAGGGAAAAAACGUUUCAUGCUGUGAGGCAGCACAAGGCAAAACACUUGCCUAAUGUGCGUGCCGCGAGCCUUUCCUCUCUUAGUAGGCGUAGCAUCUAGUCACAACUUUCCUCAAAAAGAGCAUGUGCACUCGCGUCAGACUCGAGCUUUCUGCAUUGUACGUCCCAAGUAGCAGUGAAUGCGGGACCACUGUAGAGCCAAUGUGGGAUCUUGUAGUGCCAGCAUUCUUCAGAGAUUCACUAGAAGUAUUUACCAUUUGUGGGCCAAAGUAGCUUGCUUUUUUUUAGGCUUACCAUUGCUAAUGUCAAUGAAAAGCUACUGUACUCUGAAAAUACACGACACAAUAUUGGUUUUUAUUUCUCGACUUAUCCUUACUCAUAUUUUGCAUUCUAGAGUCGAUGCUGCCUAAUGUAGAACAGGCUUACUGCUCCGCCAGGCUAAUACAUUUCAAGUUAAAGGCAACAUCAGGUCUACUGUUGAUCAUUUAUUGUCGCGGAAUCAAGGCAGAACCCUAAACACGUAUAGCGUAGCAGGCUUUCUUCUCCAUACUGAUUUUUUGAAAAUUGCUGAAUGUAAGCUCGUAGCUCGGAAAAAAGCCAUGUAAGGUUGCUUUAUCGUACAAGUUGGCCCUAGAACUACUCAACAGCCCCGCCAUAGGUACCACACAAUCUUUCAUGACGUGCUACAAGUUCUUCUGGUGUAGCCAAGAGAGGACGUGAUGCUAGGAGUCACAACUUCUUCAUUUGCACCGAAGCUCUGCAUUGUGUGUAGUCGCAUAGUUUGUUAAAGUCAGCUAUUCAUAAAUUAUCAUUCUAUGCUUUAUGGUGCUUCAUACUGUGGUUACCUUUUAGUAUGGAUUAUAUUUGUGACAUACUAUACACAUGUAUUUGCCCAUGCAACAAUGGGUUUGACAUCAAAAAUACAUGACACAUGAGAGUUCUGAAGUGCCAAAUCGUGUGUGCCUUGAUCUGUAUUUUUCUGCUGAGAUAAUCGCCAGUUUUACUUUGACUAUAUGCAUCUUCCUUUUAAAGCCAAAUGGGUUUUUCAACUUUUCAACGAAGACUCGCUUGCAUAACAUGACACAAAGCUAAGUUGCCGCAUCACACUGUUUGACUUCUUUACGUGGACAACCUGUACAUAGCAUCAGAAACUUAUAGCAAUCGUUGCUUAGGAUUGUGCUCACAAUGGCUGAAGACAUUGCUCACUGAAGCCGCUGUCCACGUGAGCUUUUUAUUCACGCGCUUUUAGUCGUACCAUUGCUGCACUUAGGCAAAAUCGUAGGUUAGCUGGUCAAGUAUGUCACUCGGCUGUCAUUUUUGCAUUCUAUUACUAUGUUUUAUAUUUAAGAGUGGAUUGUACUUUAGUCUGUAUAGUUCUAGUAUAAUAACUUCUAGGAAUGACAUAGCUGUUUUUUCGAUUUGAUUCAAGUUUAUAGGGUAGUGUGCUUGUAGGUGAUAUGAAUUAAUUAGGUGCCUUGUAGUAUAUAUAUAUUUUUCUGUGAAUAUUUAUGGGCCCUAUGUCGACUUUCCAGCUUUGAGGCUUGUUUCAUAAUACUUGUUUUAUUGAAGCUUUCGUCUGGAGCACGCUAGUAGUGUCUGCCCAGUGUCAUGCAAGUCGAUGUCAGUUCAAGUGCUCCGUUUGUGUACAGUUUAGAUUGCAGCAGUUUUAAUUUAUUGCAUGCCACCUCAGGUUGAUGCAAGACAUCUGGCAACAGAGAACUGUAUUAAACUGCAUUUUGUGCAAUUAUGAUAUUUGCUGAAAAUUAGUAGUGUAUUAUGCUCUUGCAGAGACACCCAUAUUGUGGACGUAUAUUGCCAAUUGUUUAAUUAGCACCUCUAUGCUUAUAUUUUUGACACAUGUUGAAUUAUUACAUUAGGGUAGUUUCUCAAUUAUUACCUUUCUUAACGAAGGGCAUGUCAAAUUGAGGAACGAUUUCUCUAAGCAGGUGUCGAGCCAAUCUGAAUCUGCUGAACUUGAAGAACAAGGUGCUGGGAGAGCAUUUCAGUUCAGUCGCUCAUGUUCUUGAUAAGAAAUGUCAGUUCGGGUGAGUUAUUUCCACAAACACUAGAAACAUGAGAGUACAUUAUGAGAUCACACCCUACAGUAUCGUAGUUAAUAAAGGUAUCAUAUUUCAUUUGCUAAGA